GAGCAAGCGAGCGCGCCGCAGCGGGAGACUAGGUUCUCUCCGAGCGUCCUCCGCAGAGGCGCCGCGAGAGGAGCAGGGAGCCGCAGCUCGCCGUGUUGUCUUCAUUUCGUGCAAUAAAGAAUUGUCAUUAGGUUUGCGUAUGGCAUGUGCUAUUACCCCACCGUAAAACUAAAAUUAGCAAAAUGUCAGGAAUGGAAAGAUUGAUUCACCAAGAUGCAAUUAUCAUUUAAAAGUGCUUGAUUGAGGUACUGAUGUUCAGUGAUUUAUUCUGCAUACCAUAUACAUAAUUAAAGUAGUGUAGUGGAGUAAUUUAUCAAUCUAGUUGAGACUGGAGGGGUGAGGAGGGAGCUGCUGUAUGUUUGUUUUAUUAAAAUGCUCCGAGGUCUAGUCCCGCCCCCCUUUUGCAAGAGUGAAACUGAUGAUUUCUCCAGCUCGCGAGGAAAGAGUCAACGGUUUGGGAUUGUGGGGGAGAGAGAGACGGAGAGAAAAAGGCAGCGCGAAGCAAAGAAAGGAAAAUAUCCCAAGGACUAAUCUGAUCGGGUCUUCCUUCAUACUUCUUAGGAAAGGCAGCAUUUUACUUCAUUCAUUAAUUGCACCAUUUACGUCCUGAUUGCUGUGCAUGUGGAAUAUAUUGAAAGAUAAUAUUAAAGUCAGGAACGAAUGCAGGAAUUUGGGAACUGAGCUGUGCAAGUGCUGAAGAAGGAGAUUUGUUUGGAGGAAACAGGAAAGAGAAAGAAAAGGAAGGAAAAAAUACAUAAUUUCAGGGACGAGAGAGAGAAGAAAAACGGGGACUAUGGGGAGAAAAAAGAUUCAGAUUACGAGGAUUAUGGAUGAACGUAACAGACAGGUGACAUUUACAAAGAGGAAAUUUGGGUUGAUGAAGAAGGCUUAUGAGCUGAGCGUGCUGUGUGACUGUGAGAUUGCACUGAUCAUCUUCAACAGCACCAACAAGCUGUUCCAGUAUGCCAGCACCGACAUGGACAAAGUGCUUCUCAAGUACACGGAGUACAACGAGCCGCAUGAGAGCCGGACAAACUCAGACAUCGUGGAGACGUUGAGAAAGAAGGGCCUUAAUGGCUGUGACAGCCCAGACCCCGAUGCGGACGAUUCCGUAGGUCACAGCCCUGAGUCUGAGGACAAGUACAGGAAAAUUAACGAAGAUAUUGAUCUAAUGAUCAGCAGGCAAAGAUUGUGUGCUGUUCCACCUCCCAACUUCGAGAUGCCAGUCUCCAUCCCAGUGUCCAGCCACAACAGUUUGGUGUACAGCAACCCUGUCAGCUCACUGGGAAACCCCAACCUAUUGCCACUGGCUCAUCCUUCUCUGCAGAGGAAUAGUAUGUCUCCUGGUGUAACACAUCGACCUCCAAGUGCAGGUAACACAGGUGGUCUGAUGGGUGGAGACCUCACAUCUGGUGCAGGCACCAGUGCAGGGAACGGGUAUGGCAAUCCCCGAAACUCACCAGGUCUGCUGGUCUCACCUGGUAACUUGAACAAGAAUAUGCAAGCAAAAUCUCCUCCCCCAAUGAAUUUAGGAAUGAAUAACCGUAAACCAGAUCUCCGAGUUCUUAUUCCACCAGGCAGCAAGAAUACGAUGCCAUCAGUGAAUCAAAGGAUAAAUAACUCCCAGUCGGCUCAGUCAUUGGCUACCCCAGUGGUUUCCGUAGCAACUCCUACUUUACCAGGACAAGGAAUGGGAGGAUAUCCAUCAGCCAUUUCAACAACAUAUGGUACCGAGUACUCUCUGAGUAGUGCAGACCUGUCAUCUCUGUCUGGGUUUAACACCGCCAGCGCUCUUCACCUUGGUUCAGUAACUGGCUGGCAACAGCAACACCUACAUAACAUGCCACCAUCUGCCCUCAGUCAGUUGGGAGCUUGCACUAGCACUCAUUUAUCUCAGAGUUCAAAUCUCUCCCUGCCUUCUACUCAAAGCCUCAACAUCAAGUCAGAACCUGUUUCUCCUCCUAGAGACCGUACCACCACCCCUUCGAGAUACCCACAACACACGCGCCACGAGGCGGGGAGAUCUCCUGUUGACAGCUUGAGCAGCUGUAGCAGUUCGUACGACGGGAGCGACCGAGAGGAUCACCGGAACGAAUUCCACUCCCCCAUUGGACUCACCAGACCUUCGCCGGACGAAAGGGAAAGUCCCUCAGUCAAGCGCAUGCGACUUUCUGAAGGAUGGGCAACAUGAUCAGAUUAUUACUUACUAGUUUUUUUUUUUCUUGCAGUGUGUGUGUGUGCUAUACCUUAAUGGGGAAGGGGGGUCGAUAUGCAUUAUAUGUGCCGUGUGUGGAAAAAAAAAAAGUCAGGUACUCUGUUUUGUAAAAGUACUUUUAAAUUGCCUCAGUGAUACAGUAUAAAGAUAAACAGAAAUGCUGAGAUAAGCUUAGCACUUGAGUUGUACAACAGAACACUUGUACAAAAUAGAUUUUAAGGCUAACUUCUUUUCACUGUUGUGCUCCUUUGCAAAAUGUAUGUUACAAUAGAUAGUGUCAUGUUGCAGGUUCAACGUUAUUUACAUGUAAAUAGACAAAAGGAAACAUUUGCCAAAAGCGGCAGAUCUUUACUGAAAGAGAGAGCAGCUGUUAUGCAACAUAUAGAAAAAUGUAUAGAUGCUUGGACAGACCCGGUAAUGGGUGGCCAUUGGUAAAUGUUAGGAACACACCAGGUCACCUGACAUCCCAAGAAUGCUCACAAACCUGCAGGCAUAUCAUUGGCGUAUGGCACUCAUUAAAAAGGAUCAAAGACCAUUAAAAGAGGACCAUACCUAUUAAAAAAAAAUGUGGAGUUGGAGGGCUAACGUAUUUAAUUAAAUAAAUAAAUAAAUCUGGGUCUGCAUCUCUUAUUAAAUAAAAAUAUAAAAAUAUGUACAUUACAUUUUGCUUAUUUUCAUAUAAAAGGUAAGACAGAGUUUGCAAAGCAUUUGUGGCUUUUUGUAGUUUACUUAAGCCAAAAUGUGUUUUUUUCCCCUUGAUAGCUUCGCUAAUAUUUUAAACAGUCCUGUAAAAAACCAAAAAGGACUUUUUGUAUAGAAAGCACUACCCUAAGCCAUGAAGAACUCCAUGCUUUGCUAACCAAGAUAACUGUUUUCUCUUUGUAGAAGUUUUGUUUUUGAAAUGUGUAUUUCUAAUUAUAUAAAAUAUUAAGAAUCUUUUAAAAAAAUCUGUGAAAUUAACAUGCUUGUGUAUAGCUUUCUAAUAUAUAUAAUAUUAUGGUAAUAGCAGAAGUUUUGUUAUCUUAAUAGCGGGAGGGGGGUAUAUUUGUGCAGUUGCACAUUUGAGUAACUAUUUUCUUUCUGUUUUCUUUUACUCUGCUUACAUUUUAUAAGUUUAAGGUCAGCUGUCAAAAGGAUAACCUGUGGGGUUAGAACAUAUCACAUUGCAACACCCUAAAUUGUUUUUAAUACAUUAGCAAUCUAUUGGGUCAACUGACAUCCAUUGUAUAUACUAGUUUCUUUCAUGCUAUUUUUAUUUUGUUUUUUGCAUUUUUAUCAAAUGCAGGGCCCCUUUCUGAUCUCACCAUUUCACCAUGCAUCUUGGAAUUCAGUAAGUGCAUAUCCUAACUUGCCCAUAUUCUAAAUCAUCUGGUUGGUUUUCAGCCUAGAAUUUGAUACGCUUUUUAGAAAUAUGCCCAGAAUAGAAAAGCUAUGUUGGGGCACAUGUCCUGCAAAUAUGGCCCUAGAAACAAGUGAUAUGGAAUUUACUUGGUGAAUAAGUUAUAAAUUCCCACAGAAGAAAAAUGUGAAAGACUGGGUGCUAGACAAGAAGGAAGCAGGUAAAGGGAUAGUUGCUUUGUCAUCCGUUUUUAAUUAUUUUAACUGACCCUUGACAAUCUUGUCAGCAAUAUAGGACUGUUGAACAAUCCCGGUGUGUCAGGACCCCCAAAUGUCACUUCUGCAUAAAGCAUGUAUGUCAUCUAUUUUUUCUUCAAUAAAGAGAUUUAAUAGCCAUUUCAAGAAAUCCCAUAAA